AUGCUUCGCGAUGAAAUCAAUCAUGCUUCGCCUUCUGGCAGAUCAAAAUCGGCAGACUCUGGUGAAGAAGGCUAUGACGUGCGCAACAAAGGAAAGGUGUCAGUUGAAAAGACACCGACUCCCAAGAAAGCCGUCGGGGACGACGCUUUGGAGGUUCUGAACGCAAGUCCCGCAUCGAUGUUCGCUCCUAUUUCCACGGGACACGACAGCGAAGCGAGCAGCCCAAGCUCGAUCAGCCGCAAACGUAGCCUCAAGCGUGCAGGUUCCAACAUCGCCAGUCUUAGGGCUACAUUUGAGCAAACAGAAGCGUUAGCAGUGCCUGUCAGACGCUUUGAAAAGAGACCAAGUCAAAAUUCCCCGGAUCGCGUUGAUAGCAUUCCGAGGAGCGGUUGCGAGCAGGACGAGAUAGCACGAUUGGAAAGGCAGCUGGCGAAUGAAGUCGAAAUGAGACAAUCCUGCCAGAGUCAGCUGAAGUCGUCCCAGGAACGCUGCGAGCAACUGGAACUGGAAGUCCGGGCAGGUCGAGAACAACGGCUGCAAGUUCCCACCGAGUUCCAGAACAGAAGCAAUGGCCCCCAAGAUGACAGAGUCGAACGAGGAGAGAGCAGGAGCAUACAGCGACAGCUCUAUGAGCUCAAACGCAGCAUCUCCACGGCCACGCGGAUUGAGAACCAAGUGUCAGACUCUACAUUUGCGCAAGAAUUCGCAAACCUCCAUCACGAACUUCAGAAUUUCAUCGUAAACACGUUCCGCCGUGUGAAGCUCACAUCGACAUCCGAGGAGCUGUGUGAAAGGCUAGAGGAAGUGACAGUAGUGCCGAAGCAACGGGGAUACCUGCAAUCAUUAUUUGUGGCGUUUCAGCCGGCCAUGAAGUUGCCCGCGUUCCAAGCAACGGCAAUAUGCGUCCUGAUGGAAGCAUUCGAGGAUCCAUUACUGUUCGGAUUGCCAAAUCAACAGAAUUGGCGAGACGACUUGCGGGAAACAAUGAAAACGCUGCCUUCAAUACUUACACCAUCAGCAUUCAACAAAUGGCGAUAUCUCACGCUAGACGCUGUGAGGCAGAGUGUCGGUAUCGAACAAGCGGUGCACUCAGCAGCCAGCCAGCUUUCCGAUAUGAUUUGCGUCACCCUGAGCGCCCUUACCGAUAUGAAAGACUUGGGCACUCGAGCAUCAUCGCUCAAUACAAUUGUUAUGCGUGCCGUGCAGCUGUCGCAUCUUUUCAGAGUGCAGCGGGCUCAGUACGAGUUUUUUCUGCCGGCGCCUGGAGCUCCUUUCCAGCCGGACCUGAUGGAGGACUGUGCCGUCGAUGCUGAUUCGUCUUCUCAACGCACUGUAUGGUACGCAACCUUCCCGUCGGUCAUCAAGCAUGGCGACGAAGACGGGAAUGACAUGCUGCUUUCAAAUGUGGUGGUGAAGGCGAAGGUGAUCUGCAGAGGUUGA